AUGCUGCGCAAAAGGAAGACUCGAGCCCGGCCCUUUGAGUGCUUGCGUUGCGCAGAAGAUGAGCACGUACUUGAUUUCGAUCUAGUCUCACACAAGGACAUAUGA